CCGCCAGCCCCCUUGCCUCUCCCCAGGAGACACUGAUGGGGAAGUACGGGGAGGACGCGAAGCUCAUCUACGAGCUGCAGGACCAGGGAGGGGAGCUGCUGGCCCUGCGCUACGACCUGACCGUGCCCUUCGCUCGCUAUUUGGCGAUGAACAAGAUCGCCAACAUGAAGCGCUACCACGUCGCUAAGGUCUACAGGCGGGACAACCCGGCCACGACCAGGGGCCGCUACAGGGAGUUCUACCAGUGCGAUUUUGACAUCGCCGGGCAGUUCGACCCGAUGAUUCCCGAUGCCGAGUGCCUGAAGAUCGUGCACGAGAUCCUGAGUGACCUGCAGCUCGGGGACUUUCUCAUUAAGGUCAAUGAUCGACGGAUCUUGAAUGGUGUGUUUGCUGUCUGCGGCAUCCCAGAGAGCAAGUUCAUAACUACGUGCUCUACCGUGGACAAGCUGGACAAGAUGCCAUGGGAAGAAGUGAGGAGCGAGAUGGUAGGAGAGAAGGGGCUCUCUCCCGAGGCUGCAGAUCACAUCGGGGAGUAUGUCCAGCUUCACGGUGGCCUGGACCUGAUCGAGCGGCUUCUCCAGGACCCAAAGUUGUCCCAGCACAAGCUGGCCAAGGAGGGGCUGGGGGACAUGAAGCUGCUGUUUGAGUACCUGACCCUGUUUGGCAUCGCAGGGAAGAUCUCUUUUGACCUGAGCCUGGCGCGGGGUCUGGACUAUUACACGGGGGUGAUCUUUGAGGCUGUCCUGCUGCAGCAGGAGAACGACCAUGUGGAGGAGUCAGUCAGCGUUGGGAGCGUGGCUGGAGGCGGUCGCUACGACGGGCUGGUGGGGAUGUUUGAUCCCAAGGGACGGAAGGUGCCCUGCGUGGGGGUCAGCAUUGGGAUCGAGCGGAUCUUCUCCAUCCUAGAGCAGAGAGUGGAGGCUUCUGGGGAGAAAGUUCGAACGACUGAGACACAAGUGCUGGUGGCUACACCUCAGAAACACUUUCUCGCUGCGAGACUGAAGCUCAUCUCCGAGCUGUGGGACGCAGGGAUCAAGGCAGAGAUGCUGUACAAGAAGGAUCCUAAACUGCUGAAGCAGCUGCAGUAUUGCGAGGACACGGGGAUCCCCCUUGCUGCCAUUGUAGGAGAGCAAGAGCUGACAGAUGGAGUCGUCAAGCUGCGAGAUGUCGCAACAAGAGAGGAGGUUGAUAUCCCAAGAGAAAAACUUGUUGCUGAGAUCAGAAGAAGGCUGGAGCCCUAGGACUUUUCUGGCCAGAGCUGCUUGACUGAACCGCUGUACGACUGGAACCCUCCAGCGCCCUUGGCCAUUCACUUCCCGCUGAAGUCUGGUCACCAUCCACUAGCCCGAGGCUCAUCUGCCUGGGCUGAGGCAGUGGCGACACUGGGGGUGUCUGCUUGGAAAGCAGCAAGCGGGUUUUAAAAGUAUGGACGGUGCAGUCACCAGGUUAACCUUCCGGUUAACUGCUCUGAAG